CUCACCCUCUGAUCCACCACCACACUUGAGUUUUUACGUACAGACUGUCGCCUGUACCUUUCAACUUUACCUUUCACUUGGUGGUCAUAUCUUGUUUUGCCUCCCAAACCGGCAUUCCGAGGACCACCCCCGACAUAAUACCGGCUGUGGCUCUGUUCCGACCCGGCUAAUAAAGGCCUUUCUGCCUCCGCUCCGUGGCCGGUGGCUUCAGCCCUCGAGUCAAGUUCCGAUCGCGACGUGAUAUUUUCUUUUUCUUCCCGCUCACACAGAGAGUGCAUCAGCGCACUGCUAUAGCAUGCCCGCUCAACUAAACGGGUCCAUGACCGCCAGCAUCCCCAUUAGAAUACCCGGCGACCAGGCCCAGGCUCAAACUCAACCUGCUGUUUUUUACAAGCAGCACAAGCAUUCCAGAUCUUCUUAUUCCGAUUCUUCUCCGCUCGCAAAUUCAAGGAACAAUUCUUUAACCUUCCGUCCUUAUAAGAGGCUCAUGUCAAACCCAGACAAGACGAUCGCUGUCAUCAAUGCCAGCGGGCGACAGGCUGCGUCUUUCAUUCGCGUCGCUACUGCUGUUGGUUAUCAUGUGCGCGCUCAGUUGAGAAAUCUCGACGGUGUCGUCGCUGCUGAAGUUUCGGGGAAUCCUAAUGUUACCGUAUUUGUUGGCGAGCUCUACACAAGACAUCAGCCCUCUGAAGCAAAUCGUGAUGUUACCAAGCACGGCCCGCUGGCCGGUGUCGGCGUCAACUACGACUUGAUCGCAAGUCUGUUCCGCGGCGCACAACUCGCCUUCAUAAAUACAACUUUUUACGGCGACGAGAUUCAAAUCGGAAAGGCCCUAGCCGACGCCGCUAAGCGCGCAGGAAUCCAACACUACGUGUACUCAUCCAUGCCUGACCAUGGUGCUUACAACCCCGAAUGGCCCUCGUUGCCCCUCUGGGCUGCUAAGCAUGAGGUCGAGCAGUAUGUGCGCAAACUGAGAAUACCAGCCACUUUUGUGUACACUGGUAUCUACAACAACAAUUUCACCUCCCUUCAGUAUCCCCUUUUCUGCAUGGAUCUUCAAAAGGACGGCUCGUUCAAAUGGCAAGCACCUUUUCAUCCUGACGCCAAGCUACCCUGGUUAGAUGCCGAGCACGAUGUUGGUCCUGCAGUCCUGCAGAUCUUCAAGGAUGGACCAAGCAAAUGGAACGGAGAGCGCAUCGCACUUGCAUACGAAUACUUGACACCCAAGGAGGUGUGUCGACUCUUCUCUAAAGGAGUUGGCCGUCCUGUGCGCUAUGUGCAAGGUCCCAUUGAAAUCAAGGUUCGAAUCCCUGAAGGCUACCGGGAACAGCUCGUCGGUCUGGAGAAACUGUUCGACCCGAAUCAGAAAGAUCCUCGGAAGCAACCGCCUUACUUCGGUGACCCCAAGGUCGAAGUCAGUUGCCCAAGCGAAGCCUUGGAGUUGUGGGAAGGCCCUCGAGGUAUCGAAGAAUACGCACGUGAGAUGUUCCCCAUAGAAGAGGAAGCAAAUGGUCUCACAUGGAUGCUGGACGAUGAUGCGAGUGACGAUGAGGAGGUGCACAACACAGCAACCCACGUCGAGCAACUGAGGAUCCACGACGGUGAUGAUGAUAGCGACGACGAUAAUGACGACGAUAAUGACGACGGCCUUGUCAUAAAAGGUCGCAAGCGGGACGAGGAAGAGUGGUUAGCAUAAUGGAAACCCAUGGCGUCUGGAUCUUGGCUAAAAUACGACAUCAAAAGCAGGAAAGGGGUUAAAAAAGAAGAGUUAGUCCAUGGGAAUCUAGAAGCCCAGUCCUGAGGCGAUUAAGGAACGGAGCAGACCUGGCGACGCGGCAUUGCAUUUCGGCAGGAGUUGUGUUUUUGGAGAGGCGUCCCUACCGGCGUAGGUUUGGUCUAGGAACCUAAACGAUUUUAUUAUGACUUGUCAAUGGAUGAAAUAAAAGUAACGAAUUACCUCUGCCCUCAAUUUGUUGUGCGG